AUGAUACAAGAACGUGGAGACUAUAAGUCACGUGAUCCAACCGAUAUCCUCGAGAGACUAAACACUCAUGAGUUCCAGCUUGCUGAGAAGAGAGAUCUCUAUGGACCAAGCUAUGGUAGAUCACGGGCUCUGAAGGCAAAGGCAAUGUCUGAAUCUGAAGGUGAAGAUUCUGACAGCAGCCUUGGUGACCCUGAAGAACUGAGCCAGGAGCUAGCUAUGCUCGUGAGGAAGUUCCAGAAGUUCUCAAGACGUGGUCGCUUUGGUAAAUCCUCAAGAGGUGGUGACUUGAUAACAUAUUGCUCAUCCCAUGAUUACAAGAAGAGACUCUGCCACAAAUACAAGAAGCCUGGACACUGCGUUCAAGAUUGUCCUCAGUGGGAAAAGGGAUCAAAGAAUAAGAAAUACAAGGGUUACAGUUCUAAUGAUUCAAAGAAGAAGAAGAAAUCUUCAAUGUACUCGUCAUCAAAACCUUCAAGGUCCUCGUCUCACAAGAAGAGCGGCUCCAAGAAGGCUUGGGCGUUCAUUGGCAAGGAAAUGGACUCUAAGGUUGAAUCUGAGGAGAAUGAGGAAGGGGAGGAAUCUGAGGAGUCAGACUCUGGUGUAGCGAGCCUAGCCCUCGCUACCGCGUUCGUUAGCAAGUCCAUCUUCAACUCUGAAGAAAAGGACCUCCCCAAUACUACUGAUGACGGCGAUGAGGACUAUGCUCCCACUUAUUGCUUCAUGGCAAAAGGCUCCAAGGUACUCAAAUAUCCCUCCUCUAAAUCUAGUGAGGAUGAAUCUGAUGAAAAUCUCAAAUCCAGCUAUUCUAAACUUGCUAAAAUUGUUGUGAAACUACGAAAGGCUCUUGAAAAGACGUUCGCCCGCGCGCACGGCUUGGGUUGGAGGUGCACCCUCCACUUCAAGUACGACGGCGAAUCAACCCUCUUCGUAAGGGUGUUUGGGGAAGAUUGUCGCCGCGCCGGGUGCUGCCCCGAGGCGAACGAUGGUGAGGAGGUGCUCGGUCUCGGGGAUGGUCGCGACGAGGAUGGGGGCGAGCCUGCCCUCGGGGGCGGCUGUGUCUUGUCCCUUUACGGCGGCUCUAGCUCCAGUGACAGCUCCAGUAGCAGUGGCCACGACCAGCCGCCACGCCGCCGCGCCCGCUUUGGAGGCGGCAGUGGGUCAUCCCGUCGCCGCACCUCCGUGAAGCACGAAGAAGGAUCCAGCUAG